AUGAACUACGAAAAUUUAGAAGUAUUUGGCAACUGUAGUUGGUCCUCGACCGAUGUAAUAGGCUUGUUGUACGAUAAUCGUGUUGGUCAAUGGAUUCCGUCUGACCUCAGAUUUCCCGACAAAUGGUUAGCCAACUUGAUCAUAGAAGUCCAAACUAAAUACAAAGAUAAGUUAGCGUUAUUGAUGGCUCUUCAUCCACCAGCUGAAGACGAAGAAACAGCUAGUGGUGAAACUCCGCCGGUAGUUGCUCACGGUACAGAGGAAGACCUCGGUCUCCAUCCACCCGUUCAAGAAUUAUUGAAAGCUAUCAUCUCCGACCCCAAGAUCAACAUCUUUUUCCAUCAGAUGUUCUGGCAACAGUUCGAGAAUCCAGAUAGUUCGAGAGGGACAAGGAUCCCUUGCUGGCAACUGAUGAUUAUUUUAAUCGAUCACAUCAUGACUACAGCCCCAGAGUACAAGGAAGGUUUUUUGGUUGGCGCCCCCAUCGCUGUUAUACUAAACUGGCCGAUGAUUACCACUGCUGGAUUUGCUGCUUUUCUCAACGACAAAGUCAACACGUUGUUCAAAAAUAUUCUCAAUUAUUGGGGAAAGUUUCUUUCCAGUUCUGCUUCUUGUUACGUGUUGAAUGAAGAUCCCCACCAUGGUUGGUUUGGUGAAGACGCAAUGAAAGCAAUGCCAAACUUCGACCUAGAGUUCAAAUGCAAGCCCAGAGAAAAACAUCAUGGUUUUACAUCAUGGGAUGAUUUCUUCACCAGAGAGUUUCGUGAUGGCAUUCGUCCAGUAGAAUCUCCGGGCGACGAAUCCAUUGUUGCGAAUGCCUGUGAGUCGGCGCCAUAUCAGAUCUCUACAGCCGUGAAAAACAGGGACUUCUUCUGGAUAAAGCACCAACGGUACUCAUUGGACUUCAUCCUGAACAUGAGUGACCUUGCAAAGCAAUUUUAUGGUGGAACCGUCUACCAAGGGUUCCUAAGUCUCACCAGUUACCACCGAUGGCACAGUCCUGUGUCGGGCACCAUUUACAAGACAGAACUCGUGGAUGGUUCUUAUUUUUCUGUAGCCCAUAACAUCCAGGAUGACCUUGCAUUGAUGAACAUAUGCAUAUCACAAGGAUACCUAGCCCAAGUAGCUGCCAGAGGUAUUAUCUACAUUCAAGCUGAUAAUCCCGACAUUGGCUUGAUGUGCUUUGUGUCAAUCGGUAUGGUAGAGGUGUCCUCCAACGAAAUCACCGUUAAAGAAAAGGAUAAAGUGAAGAAAGGUGACCAGCUCGGCAUGUUUCACUAUGGUGGGUCCACCCAUCUAUUGAUAUUUCGCCCUGAAGUUAAAAUCGAGUUCGAUACGAGAGGUCAAACGCCGGGUCUGCAUACCGAUAACAUUCCGGUGAAAUCAAAAAUUGCGACCGUACAUCGUCCUCGACCGUUGUCAAAGCCUGUUAAACGAUAA